AUGGCAUCAACUACACUAAAGCAUUCCCCAGAUGUUUCUUGUGUCUUCUGGAAUCUUAGUAAUGGUUUGAGCAGAUAUCAAUUCUGGCAUCUUGAUGAUUCUUUAUUGCUGGAUCCGUUCACUUUUCAAGACAUUCAAUCUGCAAUCUCUGAGUAUUUUGAGCUUAACUCAUCUGAUGAGGUUGCUCAAGAAAUAGUUUGGGAAGCUCACAAAGCCACGAUUAGGGGUAGACUCAUUAGUAAAGCGUCUUAUCUCCGGAUGCAAUCUCAUACUGAAAUCUCAUUGCUGGACACCGAGAUCACUCAGCUGCUUGCUCAACACAAGCAACACCCCACAUCUGCACUCCUUUCCCGCAUAAAUUCCCUUAGAGCUUCAGCUGACAGAGCAAUUAAGUAUUCUAGUGGAGGUUGGAGACCUUGUAACACUGAAGUGAAACAGUAUAUUACUAUCCUUAAAAAUUAUAUGAAAUUAGUUCUAGAGAUCAGUGAUGAUUCUGAUGCUAUAGAAAUUAUUCAGGAUACGUUCAAAAAGAUUCGAACAGCUUACAGUCAGGUUCAGACUGCUUACAAUCAGUCACGGCAAAGACAUGGGAGACAGAAUAAUCUAGGGUUUCUACAUAACGCAUCAAAGAUAUUUGCGGGUUUGUGCAGCAUUCUGAUUACUGUACUGGCUUUUUAUGUAGUUCAAAAGCUAAAGAAGGAUGAUUUAAAGGAAAAAUACAAAAUAGAUCUGGAUGAAGCAAAUGUAAAGCCAUCCGUGGAAAAUGUAAAGCCAGCCAUGGAAAAUGUACAGCCAGCCGUGGCAAAUGUACAGCCAGCCGUGGCAAAUGUAAAGCCAUCCGUGGAAAAUGUAAAGCCAGCCAUGGAAAAUGUACAGCCAGCCGUGGCAAAUGUACAGCCAGCCGUGGCAAAUGUAAAGCCAUCCGUGGAAAAUGUAAAGCCAGUCAUGGAAAAUGUACAGCCAGCCGUGGCAAAUGUACAGCCAGCCAUGGCAAAUGUAAAGCCAGCCAUGGCAAAUGUAAAGCUAGACAUGGCAAAUGUAAAGCUAGACAUGGCAAAUCUAAAGCUAGCCAUGGCAAAUCUAAAGCUAGCCAUGGCAAAUGUAAAGCCAGCCAUGGAAAAUGUAAAGCCAGCCGUGGAAAAUGUAAAGCCAGCCUUGGAAAAUGUACAGCCAGCCGUGGCAAAUGUAAAGCCAGCCAUGGCAAAUGUAAAGCCAGCCAUGGAAAAUGUAAAGCCAGCCAUGGAAAAUGUAAAGCCAGACAUGGCAAAUGUACAGCCAGCCAUGGAAAAUGUAAAGCCAGCCAUGGCAAAUGUACAGCCAGCCAUGGAAAAUGUAAAGCCAGCCAUGGCAAAUGUAAAGCCAGCCAUGGAAAAUGUACAGCCAGCCAUGGCAAAUGUACAGCCAGCCAUGGAAAAUGUAAAGCCAGCUAUGGCCAAUGUAAAGCCAGCCAUGGCAAAUGUAAAGCCAGCCAUGGAAAAUGUACAGCCAGCCAUGGCAAAUGUACAGCCAGCCAUGGAAAAUGUAAAGCCAGCCAUGGAAAAUGUAAAGCCAGCCAUGGAAAAUGUAAAGCCAGCCAUGGAACGUGAAGAGUUACACAAGACAAUUGAAAACGUAAAGAUGGAUCCGAAAAACUUAGGGAUGAAAAAGAAAAAUUUUAUGUUAGAAAAAGCUAAAAUAAAACUGGACAUUGCAAAUGCAAAGGAGGAUAAUUAUGCAUUAAAAGAAAAAAUUGCAAGCCCAAUCACGAUUAAUAAGUUUGAAGUAAUGCAAAAUUUCGAAUUUCCCAUGGAAGAGGAUUCAGUGUGUGGUUGCAUUUAUGAAAAUGUAAUCUUAAUGGAGGAACAUGUAAACAUAAUGUGGGAAAAUGAAAACUUAAUAAUGCAAGUAAAUCCAGAAAUGUUAUAAGGUGUUGAUUUGCAACAUGUGUAAGAAACAAAUUCACAUUUAUAUGUUUCUUAACAUUA